AUGAACCAGUACUGGGGCCGUUUUAUGUGUUCAGAGAGGGCUUCCGCGUCAGACACCAGGGCUCUGGAGAGGGACAAGCCAACAGAGAACCAGAGGCCUUCGACUCCUUCUCCAUUGCCCCAGUCUGAUGCUGAGAAGAACUCCUACCUCUACUCCACGGAGAUCACACUGUGGACGGUGGUGGCUGCCAUUCAGGCCUUGGAGAAGAAGGUGGAUUCCUGCCUGGCCCGCUUGCUGACUCUGGAGGGACGGACAGGGACAGCCGAGAAGAAGCUGGCAGACUGUGAGAAGACGGCGGUGGAGUUCGGGAACCAGCUGGAGGGCAAGUGGGCCGUGCUGGGGACCCUGCUGCAGGAGUACGGGCUGCUGCAGCGGCGGCUGGAGAACGUGGAGAACCUGCUGCGCAACAGGAACUUCUGGAUCCUGCGGCUGCCCCCGGGCAGCAAGGGGGAGGUCCCCAAGGUGCCCGUGACCUUUGAUGAUGUGGCCGUGUAUUUUUCUGAGCAGGAGUGGGGCAAGCUGGACAGUUGGCAGAAGGAGCUCUACAAGCAUGUGAUGAGGGGCAACUAUGAGAUGCUGGUCUCCCUGGAUUAUGCCAUCUCCAAACCAGACAUCCUCACCCGGAUAGAGAAGGGAGAGGAGCCUUGUCCUGGAGUCCGGUGGGACCAGGGGAAAGAGAGUGAGGAGGAGGCAGCAUGUCCAGGGAAGCCAGGUGCUGGCCUCUCUCCAUAUCCCGAGCACACCCCCGGCCCAAUCAGCCCUGCCCAGGAGGAGCCCAAAGAAGGGCAGGCCCCGGAACAGCAGCAGCGAGACUCCCGAGCAAGAGCGCUCCCACCCGGGCCAGGUAGUGGUGGUGGUGUGGCCAUCAAGACAGAAGCACAGUCUGAGGACGAGGUGAUGCCCGAGCAGCUCUUCCUGGGGGUGUCCCCAAGCAAGACCAAGCGAAGGCUUCCCAGAGGGCCCAGGAACAGGACUGGAGGCCCCAGCCAGCACCAUGCCGAAGGUGUGCCAAGGGUGAGAUUGGGGGAGCCACGGCCAUUGGGGACCGUGGGGGAGCUGCCCCGUGUCCUCCCUCGCCGGCGAGAGCGGACCUUCCCCUGCCCUGACUGCGGGCAGAGCUUCCGCUUGAAGAUUAACCUGACAAUCCACCAGCGGACCCACGUGGAGGAGGAGCACGAGGAGCACGGGGAGGCCCGGGGCAGCUCGCCCACCAGCUGGGGGGAAGGCCACUCCACCCUGGAGCCGGGAGAGGUGGUGGUGCCCGGCCCUGUUAUCCGCUGGCUCCCUGAGGAGCCCAAGGGCUACCGCUCCCCGGCUGGCCGUGCCUUUGUGGGGCGGAGGCCAGCGGCUGCCAAGGUGUACCACUGCAGCGAGUGCCUGCGCGUCUUCCAGCAGAGGAAGAGCCUGCUGCUGCACCAGCGCCUGCACACGGGCAACAGUCAGGGCUGGCCCGCCUGUCCCUACUGCGGCAAGGCCUUCCGCCGGCCCUCAGACCUCUUCCGUCACCAGCGCAUCCACACUGGUGAGCGGCCAUACCAGUGCCCCCAGUGUGGCCGGGCCUUCAACCGCAACCACCACCUGGCUGUCCACAUGCUGACUCAUGCCCAGGAGCAGGUGGACCCACACUUCCCUGCUCCCUCUGCCUGCCAGGGGAGCCCAACCCUGCCCUGGCCCAGCCAUUCUGAGGAGGGCUAACCAGGCAGGAGUCUGCUAGGGGCACCCUCUUACUGUCCUAGGGUACCUCUGGCAGGACUUGCUCUCUACCUGUGGGGCCUUUCUCCAUUGUGCCUGAUGCUGGUGCCUCAUUCUGGGAUGGCUUUGGA